AGAUCAAAUCAUUUGAAACCUCGAGACCGUUUCUCCUUUGCCUGGAAGGAACCACCAGAAAUAGUUGUAGGUGUUAAUUGCCCAUUAUUCUCAUUAAUGUGAAAUCGUUAAUAGGGAUCUUUUAAUAUUUUACUUGCUUGAAUCUAGACUGGAGGAGCUGAAGAUGGAAGCACCAUGCAGUGGCUCACUUCCCACCAUGCCCUUCGGGGUCUCCUCCAACGCCUGAAUGGUUCUGCCUCGAGUCUCUUACGCUGAGAAGAGGGGUCCAGGCAGCAAUAUUUUCCAAAAUCUCAUAUUACGAAGAUGGCAGUGCUGAAAGUCAAAUUCAAUCAGAAGAAACGGGUAAAACUAGCGCAGGGACUAUGGCUCAUGAACUGGUUUUCAGUGUUUGCUGGAAUCCUUGUUUUUAGCAUGGGAUUGUUCCUCAAAAUUGAACUCCGGAAGCGAAGUGAAGUGAUGGACAAUUCUGAAAGCCACUUUGUGCCCAAUUGUUUGAUAUUGGUGGGUAUAUUAUCCUGCGCCUUCAAUGGUUUUGCUGGCAAAAUUUGUCACGAUUCUCUGGAUCCCGCUAAAUUUGUCAAGUGGAAGCCUUUGCUGAAACCUUACCUGGCACUAUGUUUCAUCUUUAACAUACUCAUUUUCUUUGUUGCUCUGAUCUGCUUUCUCAUGCGGGGCUCUCUGGACAGCACGCUGGCUCAGGGGCUCAAGAAUGGCAUGAAGUUCUAUCGGGACACAGACACCCCCGGAAGAUGUUUCAUGAAGAAGACCAUUGACAUGCUCCAAAUUGAGUUCAAAUGCUGUGGGAACAAUGGCUACAAAGACUGGUUUGAAAUUCAGUGGAUCAGCAACAGAUAUCUGGACUUCAGCUCCAAGGAAGUGAAAGAUCGGAUCAAAAGCAACGUGGACGGGAGGUACCUGGUGGAUGGUGUCCCUUUCAGCUGCUGCAACCCCAGCUCCCCGAGACCCUGCAUCCAGUACCAGGUCACCAACAACUCAGCUCACUACAGCUAUGACUACCAAACAGAGGAGCUCAACCUCUGGCUCCGUGGCUGCCGGGAAGCCCUCCUGCACUACUACAGCAGCAUGAUGAGCUCCAUGGGUGCCAUCGUCCUACUCGUCUGGCUUUUUGAGAUGGCCGUGACUGUCGGCUUGCGUCUGCUGCACACCUCUCUGGAGAGCAUCGCAAAUCCUGAAGACCCUGAAUGCGAAAGUGAAGGUUGGGUCCUGGAGAACAGCCUGAAAGACACUUUGAGGUCUGCCCUGGAGAAUUUGAAAAAGAUUGGUAAGUUCAAUCAGGUGGAAGCAGAUGCCGAAGGGGGCGGAGGAGAGGACGGUGGGAAGACACAAACCGUCGCCACAGUCAGUUGA